CUGCGCGCGUGCGCGUCACGGUUUACGUUCUCCACCUGCCUCAGGCUCAGGUUCCCCCCCCCCCCCCGUCCCACGUGACGUCAGAGACGAGGCGGGGCCGCGCGGGGAGAGACUGUCACUCGGGACCCGGAGGCGGGACUUCCGGCCCCCAGCCUCUCCGUCACCCGCGCCUGAUUCGAUCCCGGAAGUGGAGGACCCCGCGUCCCCGCCCCCUCUGAUGUCACCGCGACCCCCGGGCCGGGCCCCACGUGACCCCGCGACCCCCGUAGACCACGCCCCCCGCUCUCCCGGACCUGCAGCAGGAGGAUGACGGCGGUGGACGCGGCGGGGCCGGGCAUGGCGGGGACCGAGCACCGAGUACCAUGGACACCGAGCACCAAACACCCAGCGGACUGAGCACCGAGGGAACCGAGCACGGCAGGGACCGAGUAACCCAGGGACUAAGCACCGAGCACCGAUGGAAUUUAGUACCUAGCACCGCGGGGACUUAGCACCGAGCACCCAGCGGACUGACCACCGAGCACCGCGGGGACUGAGCUCGGUCUCCCCACCCGGCCCUGGCAUUUUGGGGACGUCUAGGAAGGAACUGCGCGUGCGCGGGGGCAAUGGGGCUCUCGGCUGACUCAGCGAUCAGGGGUCAGAUAUGGGGUGGGGGUGCUGGGUGAUCCGGGUGCUGUGCUGAGUACUCCCGGCUGGGCUGCUGCGCUCAGUCCGCCUCCACUGCAUCAGGGGUAGCAAAGCAUCCUGGGAGGGGGAAUCCCAGGCCUCCUGUCAGCUGCGCCCCCUUGAUUGACAGGUGCCAUGGCUAUGAGGUCAUCUAUGGCCUCAGACCACCUGACCUCAGUGACAUUGGCGAUCCCUGGUGAUUGACAGGAGGCGGGGCGUGCGCCCACCGCCACUUGCUGUCAGCACCAGACACCCCAUGAUGACGUCAUCAGGGACCGCUGUCAAUCAUCACCCCGGGUUCCUCCCCUCCCCACUGUCAAUCACCUUGAGGCGGUCCCUGCCCACUUCCCGUUUCCUGCUGUCCAUCACCCGCCUGUCAAUCACUCAGUUCCUCUCCCAGAAUAGGAAGUGCAGUCGAUGGCGACCUGGUGAGGAGCAGGGAGCUGGGGGUGCUGGGUGCUGUGCUGAGUCCCCAGGUGCUGUGCUGUCUCUCAAGGUGACCGCCCGGCCCCGCCCCCCGCGAGGCCCUGUCCCGGCCGCCAUGUUGCUCCUGCUCUUCAUGGCCCUGACCCUACAUGUGGGGGCGGGAGUUCCGGGUGACCCCCUGCUGACAUUGCUCCGCCUGGUGAUAGAAGGCCCCGCACAGGAAGUCCCGCCCUCUGCCCUGAACCUGACUUUCGACCCCGGCACCUGGACGCUGACCUGGCUCUGCUCUGGUGACAUCACAGUGACGUCAUGCUUUGCGAACCAAACCCUGCAUGGGAGGCCGAAGAGGCAGAGGAUGCAGAAUCCUCGCGGGUGUCACUGCCAGUUCCGCCCCCUGACCCUGCACCUCGGGGUCACGCUGGAGGUCAAUGCCACCAUGGGAAACGUCACUUUCCAGGAGAGGCUGGACUACGUCAUGCCCGGUGCGGGAGCCGGACUUCCGGUCUGGGGUGGGGCUUCCAAUGUGCGCGAUGAUGUCAUCCCUCUCCUCCCCACAGGGCCCCCGGGGUCCGAGGCCGUCAACAUCUCCUGCGAGAUCCACGACGCGACUGCCAUGACGUGUGCCUGGAGGGCGGGGCCUGCAGCUCCACCGGAUGCGCGCUACUUCCUGAUCCUGCGCAACGCCACGGGCCACCAGCUGCCUGGAUGCCCUGGCGGUCCCACCCCCUCCGGCUGCCGCAUUGAUGAUGUCACGGGGCUGCCGCGCCUGCUGCACGUGACCGUGGCCGGAUGGAGCUGGUCGGGUGGCGCCCUCAGGGCCUACGAUGUCAUCCUGAACACCAAGGCCAUCGAGCAACUGUCCCCGCCCCGUGACGUCACCGGAAGCUGCAACUUCUCGCACUGUGCCGUCUCCUGGGCGCCGCCCCAAACCUGGGCCGCCAUGGGCUUCGCUGACUUCCGCUAUGAACUCGAAUUCCUGUCGGACACGGACCUGGACGCCAUGGUCACCGUCUCCAGCCGCCCCGAGAACCGGUUUGAGUUCCCGAGUCCCGAGCCCCGCGCGGGUCACGUGGUCCGGGUGCGCGCAGGUGAUGUGCGCAGCAAGCGGUGGAGCGCGUGGAGCGAGCGUGUGGAGUUUGGUGCCACCCUUCCCGCCCUUCCCCGCCUGCGCGUCUACAUCAUCGUGGUGGCCGCGACCCUGACCUGCGCCCUGGGCCUGGCGCUCGCCUGGAGGAGGUGAGGGGGGCGCCCUGACCAAAGAUGGCCAACCCGUCUCACACUGGUCACCCUGCCCAACAUGGCUGCUGUGACCCCCGACCCUAGGUUUUCCGGGCGUGGCCUCCUCCCCCGCAUCCCCAACAUCCGAGACAAAAUCAGCGACAAUGCCCUGGUCAACCCGCAGGUCAGAGAUGCUUAGGAAAGACCUGGCCGUGUAGGAAGCCCCGCCCCCGCCGACCCGGAAGUGAUUUACUCUUCUACUUUAUUUUAAAUAAACCCGAGCAUGGCAAUGA